UCAACAAACAAACACAAAUAUAAAAGCACAUACAUACACAUCACGACUUUCUCUCGAUAUAUAGCACUUACUAUUACGUGGUGCUCCAAUUAAGUCAGUCACCAGCGCAAAUCAUCAGCACCAAGAAAUGGCUUCGUCCAGCAGCAGCAACCUCCUCGCAGCCGCCGUGCUGCUCUCCGUGCUCGCAGCCGCCGGCGCGAGCGCCGGGACGACCUGCGUGCCGGGGUGGGGCAUCCCGCACAACCCGCUGCCGAGCUGCCGCUGGUACGUGGCCAGCCGGACCUGCGGCAUCGGGCCGCUCCUCCCGCUGCCGGAGCUGAGGAGGAGGUGCUGCCGGGAGCUGGCGGACAUCGCGGCGUACUGCCGGUGCACGGCGCUGAGCAUCCUCAUCGACGGCGUGAUCCCGCCGGGCCCGGACGCGCAGCUGGAGGGCAGGCUGGAGGACCUGCCGGGCUGCCCGCGGGCGGUGCAGAGGCGCUUCGCCGCCACCCUCAUCACGGAGGCCGAGUGCAACCUGCCCACCAUCACCGGCGUCGCCGAGUGCCCCUGGAUUCUCGGCGGCGAAACCAUGCCCUCCAAGUAGGACUAGUAACUGUCAAGAGCAUCCUAUUCCUACCUACCUACCUACCUACAUGCUGCAUAUAGGAUGAGGAGAGAUGCAUGUCUCGAUCGGAUCUUCCAUCCGGAACAAAAAAAAUAAAGGGAUCCGGCUUUAAUUUGUUCUUGUGAUAUAAUUAAUGAUUCCUAUUA